AAUUAAUUAUUUUCUUACCAAAAAAGGAGAAAUUUGAAAACGUUAAGAUUUUUCUGGUUAAAAAUGGCACAAAAAUCCACAGAAAAAGGAAGACCUAAAGUCUACAUMACGAGGAUCGAAUCCUUUAGUUCAGCUCACCGAUUACACAGCUYGAAACUAACAGACGAAGAAAACAAACGAAUAUUUGGCAAAUGCAACAAUCCACAUGGGCAUGGACAUAACUACAAGGUUCAAAUCACUGUAGCAGGGUACCUAGACGAAGAUACAGGCAUGGUUAUGAAUAUUACUGAUCUAAAAGGAAUCAUACAGGAUGUUUUGGACGAACUUGAUCAUAAGAACUUGGAUUUGGAUGUGGAAUAUUUCAAAGAUGUGGUCAGCACUGCAGAGAAUAUAGCAAUGUUUAUCUGGGAUAAGCUGUCUUCAGUGUUGUCAAAGGAUGUGCAAUUGUAUGAAGUGAAAUUACAUGAAACCGAGAAAAAUAUUGCGGUUUAUCGAGGAGAAAGGGAAUAAUUAUUGCCAGGUCUUUAACUGCUAAUGAAGAGUUUUUUAAAA